AUGGAGAAUGAGACACUCACCCAGGACUUUGUCCUGUUGGGCUUCCCCGGGCCCCGGGGCCUGCAGCUGUCCCUCUUCUCCCUGUUCCUGGUGAUGUAUGUGCUCACGGUGGGCGGGAACAUGGCCAUCCUGGUGCUGGUGGGCAUUGCCCCGCAGCUGCGCACGCCCAUGUACUUCUUUCUGAGCAACCUGUCAUUCCUGGAGAUUUGGUACACCACAGCUGUGGUACCCAAAGCCCUGGCCGUGCUGCUGGGGAGCAGCCAGGCCAUCGGAUUCACCAGCUGCCUCCUGCAGAUGUACCUGGUCUUCUCCUUGGGCUGCACAGAAUACUUCCUGCUGGCCGUCAUGGCUUAUGACCGCUACCUGGCUGUCUGCUACCCUCCGCACUAUGGAGUCAUCAUGAACAGCCUGCUGUCCGUGCAGCUGGCCCUGGGCUCCUGGGCCUGUGGCUUCCUGGCCAUCGCCGUACCUGCCGCCCUCAUCGGCAGCCUCUCCUUCUGUGGGCCCCGCGCCAUCAAUCACUUCUUCUGCGACAUUGCGCCCUGGAUCGCACUGGCCUGCACCAGCACGCGAGCUGUGGAGGCUGCGGCCUUCGGGAUCGCCGUCGUGGUCAUCCUGAGCUCCUGCCUCAUCACCCUGGUCUCCUAUGUCUACAUCCUCAGCACCGUCCUCAGGAUUCCCUCGGCUGGUGGCCGCAGCAAGGCCUUCUCCACCUGCUCCUCACACCUCACCGUAGUCCUCCUGUGGUAUGGCUCCACCAUCUUCCUGCACGUGCGGACCUCCAUCAAGGACGCCCUGGACCUCAGCAAGGCUGUCCAUGUCCUCAACACAGUGGUCACCCCUGUCCUCAACCCCUUCAUCUAUACGCUCCGGAACCAGGAGGUGAGGGCCAGUCUGCUGAGAAGGCGGAAAGGGGGCCGAGUCCCCGCAGACUGA